AAAAAAGUGAGCGCGCUGGUCCAAUCCAUAUCUGUUUCGCUCCACUUCUCAACCCACGCUAUGCGGUUUGCAAAUUUGGUUGGAUGCUUCUCGCAGUAAAGUCAAAGACGAAAUGUUUUUAAAUGGAAGGGGCUGAUCUCUUCUUCGCAUUCCAUUGCAUCGCGCCCAUUUUCAUCACAAAUGUUUCCCUGGUCAUCUUCAUAAAAAAAGUAUGUACUCAUUUAACAAAAGUAAAGAAAAGAAUAUACCGCCCUUUGAAAAAAAAAUUCCGCCUAAAGGGGUAAUUAUUUAUGGGACUCUUACAGCCACGUAAUACACUCUUUCUCAAUUCAAUCGGCAAGGAACUUUUCUUUUUAGUUUUGGCACACAAAUAAAAUUCAGUAUGGC